AUGUCAGCAGCACCGCAGAUCGCCUCUACUCCUACUUUGAACCGUUCCCUUGCAAGCACGGUUGAUUCCUCCCCUGCUGAGAGCCCAAGGACGACUUCCCCCACGAAAGUUCACGUUCGUGACAGGAGCUUCGUCAUUCGUUGUGGCACCGGUAGUCAGCACGUGAGGUGGCUGGCGAAUAUGGGCAUUGCUCGUUACUGCCCGGUGUACAGCAAGCGCGGCUCCACUAUUCGUCUGGGGACUCCUUCAGGAGUUCGUUUUGAGAGCGGUACGUAUUUGGAAAUGAAUGGCAAGAUUUGUGAGCAGCUAAAGAACGACGAUGAGGUGUGGGUGGAGCUAGAAGAGGAUAAGAAGGAGACUGACCGUCCUAGCAUCCCGGGUCUACGUAGAGAUGCUCGUGUGAACGGCUCUAGCUCUAUGUCGCCACUCGCAUCUUCUGGAGUUAACACGCCAUAG